GCCCGGUGUCCGUAGACAAAUCUGACCGUGGAUCAGCGCACUCGGGCUCCCUCCACACUACGAGUUACACCAACUGGGACUAAGACCAGAGGAAAUCGUGUUCGUCGGCAGCCAGGUCCGCACGCCAAGACACAUCCAUAGCAGACCACGGCGAGGGAACGGACGGUGUGAUAAGAAGGGACCGACACCAAGGGGAAGGCUGGUAGGAACAAGUGAGGGCUUUAAUGCAAAAACACGUUUAGAGGCGAGAGCGGAGAGGACUGGCUGGCACGGCACACCGAGAAGUAUUACGUGUAGCUCAUUUCCAACAUUUUCUAUUAUUGGCAGCGGGAGUGUGCUCUCCGAGCCACAUUUAUAAAGAGAGCUAGCGGAAUGUAAUGCUAGCGAGCUAGCUAAUGUUAGCUAGCUAAUUAGCUUGUCAGGCAUCCAAGAGUCGGACGUGUGAUAUUUAUUAAAAUAGGUCGCUGUUUGGCGUGGCUCUACUUUUUAGACAUAAAAAAGCUGUUCUUAAUGUGCUUUGUCCGGAAUCCUGGCAUGGUCAUAAUGGUCUGUCUCGAAUAGCUAACGCUAAGUUAGACAAUAAGCAGUGUAAGCUGCCUAAAUUGAUGAAAAUCUGUUCAAUAUUAUACGUCUUCUUCGCGUCUUGGGAAAAGCCAGAUCCAUUGUGAAUAUCGAGCCGUGGACCAACCAAGAGGAAAAAGGCAAAGGUAAAGAAAAAAAAAACAGACUUUUGACUGGAGACUGUCUGCCGUCCAAUGUUAAUGUCGACCGACGUUGCAUCUAUAAUGCUACCCGUUAGUCGGGGGAUAAUGGACCGGGAAAGAGACAUUGAUACAGCAGCCGGACCCCAUGCAAACGCGGCCGGGGGUCCAGCAGCUGUCCGGGGGAUGAAGCGAGGAGACCCGGAGCCCGACGCUCAGACAGCCGCUGCCCUGACUGACUUAGCCGGGGCGGAGUGCAAGAGACCAAGGAUAGACGGGACCGGGAGUGUUGUUGGUGACAUUGGACAGAACAAUGAGCCUUUAAACCCCGGUUUCCAUGGAUACCCACCUCACAGUCAGGGCUCUCAGGAUUCGACAGGAGGACAGGAGGGUUUGGUGGCCCCACCCUUCACAGCGUUCCCUCCUCCACCCCCUCCUCAAAACGGGCUCCCAGGGACGGAGUUUGGCCCUGGGGCCAUGUUUGGUGCUGGAGGCCAAGGAACAGCAGAGGUAGGGGCUGGUGGUAAUGGAGCCACCACCACUACCACCACCACCAACAACAACGGAAAGACAGAUGAGACUUCCCAGGGUGAGGCGGGUGUACAGUGCGGUACAGGAGGCACAGGGGCAGGAGGCUCUUCAGGAGACUCCACAGAGGCCAAAGGGACCCCCAAACGCCUCCAUGUCUCAAACAUCCCCUUCCGCUUCCGGGACCCAGAUCUCAGGCAGAUGUUUGGGCAAUUUGGGAAGAUUCUGGAUGUGGAGAUUAUUUUCAAUGAGAGGGGUUCAAAGGGUUUUGGCUUUGUGACAUUUGAGAACAGCGCAGACGCAGAGAAAGCCAGGGAAAAGCUCCAUGGCACAUUGGUGGAAGGUCGUAAGAUUGAGGUGAAUAACGCCACCGCCAGGGUGAUGACUAACAAGAAAAUGGUCAGCCCUUAUCCUAACGGAGAGGCCCUCAGCACACUGCCUUAUGCAGGGUGGAAGUUGAGUCCCAUGGUGGGGGCCGUGUACGGGCCAGAGCUCUACGCAGUCCCAGGGUUUCCCUACCCUUCAGCAGCAGCAGCGGCCACAACAGCAGCUGCAGCGUUUCGCGGUGCCCACCUCAGGGGCCGAGGCCGGCCCAUCUACAGUGCCGUGCGGGCCGCUGUGCCUCAGCCUGCCAUCCCUGCCUACCCUGGUGUGGUGUAUCAGGAUGGGUUUUACGGAGCUGCGGACUUAUAUGGAGGCUACCCUGCUGCUGCUGCCGCCGCUGCCUAUCGCUACGCCCAGCCCGCAGCCGUAACCGGAGCAACCGCCGCAGCUGCCGCCUACAGUGACAGUUAUGGCCGGGUGUACACUACAGAUCCAUACCACGCUUUAACUCCAGCUGCUGCUGCUUAUGGAGUGGGAGCCAUGGCCAGUUUAUACCGAGCAGGAUACAGUAGGUUUGCUCCAUACUAAAAAACCACAAAUCACACCCAAGGAAUUUCACAUCGCUCCAAAACACUUUUUCAAGCUCUUUGUUUGGCAGGAGCUUCCCUCCAGUUUCCUGCAGGCGGACUAUAGUGACAACUCGUGUGUGUGCGUGUGUGUGUGUUUUGUUUUUUUGUUUUGUUUUUUGUUUUGUUUUGUUUCUUUUGUGUGUGUGUGAUAGUCUGUUUGGGGUUUUUUUUUUGUGGCGAGAGAGGUCAUUGCCACAUCAUCAACUCAAAGUCUUUUUGUCUUGUACUCUGUCGCUGACAUGGACACAAUGGGGGGAAAAAAAAACAAAAAAACAAACUACCAGGACUGUCUCCCACAUAAAAAGCUGGAGCCUACUACUUUGAUCUACGUGGCACAAUUUAGGACGGUUUUUAGAAACACUAUGAGACCUGGAAGGAGAAAGACUACUGUUCCUGUGUGAUCCUGAACACUACAAACCUUUUCUCCUUAGAGUUUCUGAACUUACAGUAUAUCCACUGCCCUAUAAGACCUAAUCAGACCUGUAUACACACACAUAACAUUCAAAACGUCCUCUAGUCCUCUAGUUUACAUUUUCCUUUAGUGUUGACCUGCACAGAAUGAUAGAACUGCCACAGCACAGCGUUACUAAAAAUAUAAAACAGAGGUACUUAUGUUUUUAAACACUACAUUGAUGUAAAGCGUCCCUCUCACAGCAGAGACGUCCCUCUGGUUUAACAUUGUGGUAAAAUAAUGAAAAAAAUGAAUCAGACUCUGGCUGCUCAGUACACAAGGAGUAGGAUUUAUUCUUGUUAUUUUGCAAAGCUGGAACACCGAACAUUCAGCCGGAGGGAACUUGGGAGCAUCGGACUGACAGAAACCACUGUUGUCCCGGUAACGACAAACUAUGAACAACAGUACAUGGGGAAAAGUCUCUUGUUUUUGUCAUUUUCCAACAUUUCCCAGUUUCCCCCAAGUGUCAAAAGGAAAUGCAAGAAAACAAAAACUAAUGUUUAAAAAAAGAAACUUAAAAAAAAAAAAAGGCGAGAGAAUGACAAGGAAAAAAACCAAGUGACUGUUUUUUCUGCAUUACCUCAGUUUUUCUUUUCAUCGAUUCUGUUUUGCUGCCAUUGAUAAGAAGUUGCAUAGACAUGUCAUCAUAUAUAUAUAUAUAUAAUGUGGACGUGUUGAAACUGUCCAUUAUUUUCAGUGACAGAGCCAUUAAGUUGUCCUUACUGCUGGUCCACACAUAUUCCAUUUAUUACUAGAAGUGCAACACUAAGAUGGGAUGUUGAAUCACUUUCUACCCCCUUUCAGCUGCGAACUGACCCUGUGUGUAUGUCCAUUUUGAGAAUUCAUUGCACUUCACUUCAAAGGCUCAACCAUGAUCUGCUCAUCUUCCAAAAAAAGAAGAAAAAAAAAAAAAAGAAAAAAAAAGGACGCG